UCGGUGGCGGCGAAGUGACCGUUUCGGAAAGUUCGGCGGCAAGGGGUUGGAAUUUUUGGUCGGCUCCGUCACCGACAGCUCCACUAACUUUCGUCAUUCCCGGGUCUGUUCACUGUUAUCAAUCGUCACUCGCGUUGACUCAACAGUGAGGCCAUUGAGACCCUUGGUUACUUGUUGGAAAAGCAAGCAUUCUGCAGGCUCACCAAAAAAAAGUCUUGUCGUCCGAACAUCAUCCGUUUCUCUGGCACACGUACAUAACUACUUUUCUUCCUCGAGCUUCGUCUCUUCCCAAUCAUACUCCUGUACCGCGAGACAUCAUGCCUCACGCUACAUCAUCUUCCCUCAAGCUCAUCAGCAAGAACUUGGGACAGAUUGCCGCCCAGUCGGGUCGCGCAACUGUCAGAGUUCCCACCUAUGACCGCAGCGCUACCAAGGAGGGUGUCGUUCACAUUGGUGUCGGCGGCUUCCACAGAGCUCACUUGGCCGUCUACCUCCACAACUUGAUGGAGAAGCACGGCGUACGCGACUAUGCCAUCGCCGGUGUCGGUCUCCAGCCUUUCGACGCUUCCAUGCGCGACAUCCUGAAGAAGCAGGACCACCUCUACACUGUCAUCGAGCGUGGUGCCGACGGCAGCUCUGCCAACGUCAAUGGCGCCAUCACCUCGUUCCUCUUUGCGCCCGACAACCGCGAGGCUGUCAUUGCUAAGAUGGCCCACCCCGACACCAAGAUUGUCUCCAUGACCAUCACCGAGUCCGGCUACUACUACAACGAGAACACCCACGAGCUCCAAGCCGAGCACCCCGACAUCCAGCACGAUCUCAAGAACGAGAACUCGCCCAAGACCACCUUCGGUUUCCUCUACGCCGGUAUGAAGAGACGCCACCAGCUCGGCCUCAACCCCUUCACUGUCCUGUCUUGCGACAACAUGCAGAAGAACGGUAGCAUAACACGCAACAUGCUCGUCUCAUACGCAAAGCUCGCCAACCCCGAACUCGCCAGCUGGAUCUCCGAGAAGGGCGCCUUCCCCAACUCAAUGGUCGACCGUAUCACCCCCCGCACCGAAAAGACUGACAUUACCGCUCUCGCUCAAGACUUUGGCAUUGAGGAUGAAUGGCCCGUUGUUACCGAGCCCUUCAUGCAGUGGGUUGUUGAGGACAAGUUCUGCGACGGCCGCCCUCCCUUCGAGAAGGUCGGUGUCCAGGUCGUCAAGGACGUCCACGAUGUCGAGCAAUUCGAAAUGCACAAGCUGCGUCUUCUCAACGGUUCCCACUCCGCUCUCGGUUACCCCGGUCAGCUCGCUGGCUUCAAGUACAUCCACGAGGUCAUCAACCACCCUGUCUACCGCAAGUUUGUCGAGCAGAUGAUGCACAAGGAAGUCAAGCCCCUUCUUCCCGCCAUCCCCGGUGUCGACAUUGACCAGUACUGCAACACUCUGAUGGAGCGCUUCUCCAACCCCACCAUCAUGGAUCAGCUUCCUCGUAUCUGUCUCGGUGCCUCUGGCAAGAUCCCUCAGUUCAUCAUGCCUUCCAUCGCUGAACAGAUCUGGGGUGAGCACAACUUCCGCCGUCUCUCCUUCGUCGCCGCCGCCUGGUUCAGAUACAUCAAUGGUGUCGAUGACGCCGGCAACAAGUUCGACGUCGACGACCCCAUGGUCGAGGAACUCCAGGCCAAGGCCAGGGCUGGUGGCAUCAAGCCCCACGAGCUCUUGAGCAUCAAGUCCCUCUUCGGUGACGACUUGCGCAACGACGAGAAAUUCAUCAAGGAGAUCUCGACCGCCAUGGAGCUCAUCGCCAAGGAUGGUGUCAUGGCCACUCUCCCCAAGUACAUCGACUAAACGACUCUAAUGCCCUCUGAGGUGGAGAGCUGCUGGUCGGCUGUGCCUCCUCGGGAUCAGAAAGAGAACAAAGGCUUUUUACAACGUCCACUUUAUCACGAAACGCUCCUCAUGACAUGUUGUUCAUGGGGCUGCCGCGAGCCGUUGCUCUGAGAUAUAAUAUACCCCCGAGGCUCGCGGGUUACGAAUGAAAAAAGCGAGCGACAUGUAAGAUAUAGACACGGAUUGGUUUUCCAAACCCCAGGUUAGAAGAAGAUUCACAGCAUAAAUGAAGC